AGGCGCGGCCUGGGGCGGGGCGGGGUCGCGCACGCGCAGAGGCCCCGGCCCAGAGCUGGGCUUGGUUGUCAUGAGAGCGGCGGCUGCGGCCGGGGCGAUGGGCAGAGGCGGCCGGGUUGGCUUCUUCCCUGUCACUGCCGCAGCAGCUUGGGGUGCAAGGCGGCCUGGGGCGGCGGAAGGGGCGCCCCCUGAGUUCCGUCUGAGGAAGCGGCUGCUGCCGAGGAAGUCUACGAGAGCCGGAUCCCGCCCGCCCCUGGGGUCCGGGUGCUGAGGCGCAGUCUGGCCACCUCCCCGGGCCGCGGCACCGCUCCGACCCAGCCGCCCUCUCCACCGGGGCCGCGGCAGCGCCAGUCGGAGCCGUUCCCUCUGAGCAGCCCAAACGUGCAGAAUGCCCCACAAGAUUGGAUUUGUAGUUGUCAGCUCAUCUGGACACGAAGACGGCUUCAGUGCCCGGGAGCUCAUGAUCCACGCGCCAACCGUCAGUGGGUGGCGGUCACCUAGAUUUUGCCAAUUUCCACAAGAAAUUGUCCUUCAAAUGGUGGAGAGAUGUCGAAUAAGGAAACUACAGUUACUUGCUCACCAGUAUAUGAUUUCAAGUAAAAUUGAGUUCUACAUUAGUGAAAGCUUACCUGAAUAUUUUGCACCCUAUCAAGCAGAGCGGUUUCGAAGACUUGGCUACGUGUCUCUCUGUGAUAAUGAAAAGACAGGUUGCAAAGCCCGGGAACUAAAAUCAGUUUAUGUGGAUGCAGUAGGACAAUUUCUUAAACUGAUUUUUCACCAAAACCAUGUCAACAAAUACAACAUAUAUAAUCAGGUUGCUUUGGUUGCCAUAAAUAUCAUUGGAGACCCUGCAGAUUUCAGUGAUGAAAGCAAUACUGCCUCUCGAGAGAAGUUGAUUGACCACUACCUUGGGCACAACAGUGAGGACCCUGCUCUAGAAGGAACUUAUGCCAGGAAAUCUGACUCUAUUUCUCCACUAGAUGACUUAGCUUUUGAUAUGUACCAAGAUCCAGAAGUUGCACAGAUUAUACGAAAAUUAGAUGAAAGAAAACGAGAAGCUGUCCAAAAAGAACGCUAUGAUUAUGCCAAGAAACUAAAACAAGCUAUUGCUGAUUUGCAAAAGGUUGGUGAGCGCCUUGGGAGGUAUGAGGUAGAGAAACGCUGUGCCGUGGAGAAGGAAGACUACGAUCUCGCCAAGGAGAAGAAGCAGCAGAUGGAGCAGUAUCGCGCCGAGGUGUACGAGCAGCUGGAGCUGCACAGCCUCCUGGAUGCCGAGCUGAUGCGAAGACCUUUUGAUUUGCCCCUCCAGCCCCUCGCUCGUUCUGGCAGUCCUCGCCACCAAAAGCCAAUGCCCUUACUACCACAACGGGAAGAAAGAGGAACAGAAAACCAGUUUGCAGAACCUUUCCUUCAGGAAAAGCCUUCAUCAUAUUCUCUAACUAUUUCUCCUCAGCAUUCUGCAAUAGACCAGUUACUCCCUGCCACAGAUCCUCAUCCAAAGAUCAAUGCAGAGUCCCUGCCCUACGAUGAGCGGCCUCUUCCAGCUAUUCGUAAGCAUCAUGGGGAGGCAGUGGUGGAGCCGGAAAUGAGUGAUGCAGACAUCAGCAAUGCUCGGAGGGGAGGCAUGUUAGGGGAGCCAGAGCCCUUAACUGAGAAGGCCUUGAGAGAAGCCAGCUCUGCCAUCGAUGUGUUGGGAGAAACCUUGGUUGCUGGGGCCUAUUCUAAGACAUGGUCCUACCGAGAGGAUGCACUGCUUGCCUUGUUUAAGAAGUUGUUGGAAAUGCCUGUUGGAACCCCAAAAGAAGAUUUAAAGAACACACUGAGAGCAUCCAUCUUUCUCAUUAGAAGAGCCAUAAAGGACAUUGUGACCUCUGUCUUUCAGUCUUCUUUGAAAUUGUUGAAAAUGAUCAUUACACAAUAUAUUCCUAAACAUAAACUGAGUAAACUUGAAACAGCUCACUGUGUGGAGAGGACCAUUCCCGUUUUGCUCACCAGAACUGGAGAUUCUUCUGCCCGCCUCCGCGUCACAGCUGCAAAUUUUAUUCAGGAAAUGGCCUUGUUUAAAGAAGUUAAGUCUCUCCAAAUUAUUCCAUCCUACCUGGUGCAGCCAUUGAAAGCAAACUCUUCAGUUCACCUGGCAAUGAGUCAGAUGGGCCUCCUGGCCCGGCUGCUGAAAGACCUGGGCACUGGCAGCUCGGGCUUCACCACUGACAACGUGAUGAAGUUUUCAGUGAGUGCCCUGGAGCAUAGAGUGUAUGAGGUCCGCGAGACGGCGGUUAGAAUUAUUUUGGACAUGUACAGACAGCACCAGGCUUCCAUCCUGGAGUACCUUCCUCCAGAUGACAGCAACACACGCAAGAACAUUCUCUACAAAACAAUUUUUGAGGGAUUUGCUAAAAUAGAUGGCAGACCUACAGAUGCUGAGAUGAGGGCACGGAGAAAAGCGGCUACAGAAGCAGCAGAAAAACAAAAGAAAGAAGAAAUAAAAGCUUUACAAGGGCAGCUGGCAGCACUGAAAGAAAUUCAGGCUGAAGUUCAGGAAAAAGAAAGUGAUGCUGUGAAGCCAAAGAAUCAGGACACUCAAAGAGGGAAAGCAGCACCUGCCGAAGCUCUGGGAAUCCUGGAUGAGCAUUAUCUAGAUAAUUUGUGUAUUUUUUGUGGGGAAAGGAGUGAAUCCUUCACAGAGGAAGGUCUGGAUCUCCACUACUGGAAGCACUGUCUCAUGCUGACAAGAUGUGACCACUGCAAACAGGUGGUCGAGAUAUCCAGUCUGACGGAGCACUUGCUGGUGGAAUGUGACCAAAAAGACGGGUUUGGAAAGUGUUACCGUUGCAGUGAGGCUGUUUUCAAGGAAGAGCUGCCCAGACACAUAAAAAACAAGGAUUGCAACCCUGCCAAACCAGAGAAGCUGGCAAACCGGUGUCCUCUGUGCCAUGAGAACUUCAGCCCUGGAGAAGAGGCAUGGAAAGCUCACCUGAUGGGUCCAGCCGGCUGCAGCAUGAACCUGCGCAAGACACACAUUCUGCAGAAGGCCCCGGCACUGCAGCCAGGCAAAAGCUCAGCUGUGGCCACAUCAGGCCCCUCGGGGUCAAAGGCCGGAAGCAAGAUCCCCACCCCGAAGGGCGGACUGAGCAAGAGCUCCAGCAGGACGCACACCAAGCGCUGACGCGGUGCUCAGGCUCCUUUGUCUCUGUAAGGGACGGAGCAGGUCUCCUGAUUCUACACCAUUUCUCCAGAACUCUCUGGCCUUGGUGACCCCAUGCUUUGGCUGCUGUUCCCAGCUCCCAGUCGUGCACGCCUCUUACAUGUCUGUGCCGUCAGCUUUCAUGCAAAUGAUAUGUAUGGAACUAACCAAAGAUCCUGUGUGCAGCGCCAGGACCUGGCCACACUGUACAUUAAGCCUUCAGGGCUGUCUCAGGCCUUCCUUAGAAUCAGAAGAGGAAGCGUCCUGUUUGGAGAGAGCCGGAGAGCACCACCCAGGAGGCGCUAGCGCAAGGCCACCGUCAGCACAGGCACGGUCCCGCUUUCCUUAGUGCUUGGAGCAAUUUCCAUAAAAUAUUCACCAGAAACCUUUUGCACAUCGGUCUCUGCCACACGCAGUAGAAUUUCCGCAGGGCUGUGGCUCGGCUAGCAUGGUUCCAGAAGAGUGGCGGUGCGCAUGGGCCUCCAGCCGUGCCUUCUCCCUGCAGGCCCCAUCUGCUGGGCCUGCUGCCCAGUGCACUCAGUCCCGGGUAGCAGAACUCACAUUCCCACUAUAGCAAGAAAUAAAGGCAAAAGAGAACAUCUUUUUUUAAA